GAGCGGCCGGCGCGGGCCGGGGCGGCGGCGCCCGAUGUGCCGUGAGGGGAGCGGCUGCCGGCGGGGGCACGGCACAGCACGGGACGGCUCGACACGGGACAGGACGGCACAGCAGAGCGCUUUUUGAUGCAGGGAACCCAACUGGUUUUAGAAGAAGUCAGAUUUGGUUAUGACUCUGCUUGGUACUGCAGUAUCCACCUCACCACAGCACCUUCUGCACAUUUGCAGGCUGACUACUUGAAGGGGGCAGAUCUGGGUCUUCUYGUCCUCUGACUCUCGCAAAAAUAAAGAAAGGGGAAGGAUAUCACUUGGAGUGUGUCUGAUAAGGUCUGAGAAGUGCUAGCAGUUCUGGUACAAGGAAGUGACUUCACCUGAAACCAAACUGGUUGCUCAUUUGCCAGUCAUAGAGGAGGAGAAACUAAUGUAAAUGCAGAUGACCAUGCAGAAUGCAGUUCAGGUGUGGUUUGGAGAUGACCUUCCCUUGAGUCCCCGGAGCCCUCUGACUCCCAGACAUGGGCCGGGACUGGCGGAUGUGUGCCUGUAUGACCAAUGGAUAUCUGUGCGGCAUGAAGCAACUUUGGUGCCUAUGCAAGAAGAUCUCUCAAUCUGGCUGUCUGGCUUGCUGGGAAUGGAAGUCAAAGCAGAACAACUGCUAGAAGAACUUGAUAAUGGGGUACUGCUUUGCCAAUUGGCUGGUGUUCUUCAAAACACAGUUAAAAARUGUUGUAGCACAAAUAAUUUAAGGAAUUUUCCUAUGAGAAAAGUUCCAUGUAAGAAGGAUGCUCCAUCAGGAUCUUUUUUUGCCAGAGAUAAUACAGCCAACUUUCUUAACUGGUGUAGAGCCAUUGGAGUCGACGAGACUUACCUCUUUGAAUCUGAAGGUUUAGUGUUGCACAAGGACCCAAGACAAGUGUAUCUUUGUCUGCUGGAAAUUGGCCGCAUCGUGUCCAGGUAUGGAGUUGAACCUCCUGUACUUGUAAAACUAGAAAAGGAAAUUGAGCUAGAAGAAACCCUGCUGCUGACCUCUGGGCCACCAUCACCUGUUAGCACACCAAAGUCAUGUUGCCACCAUGGGGAACUACACGAGGCAGUAAAGCAUAUAGCAGAAGAUCCUCCCUGCAGUUGUUCCCAUCGAUUCUCAAUUGAAUAUUUAUCAGAAGGACGUUAUAGGCUGGGAGAUAAAGUACUUUUCAUACGAAUGCUGCAUGGCAAGCAUGUGAUGGUCCGUGUUGGUGGAGGCUGGGACACCCUUCAAGGUUUUCUGCUCAAGUAUGAUCCAUGCAGAGUGCUUCAGUUUGCAACUCUGGAACAAAAAAUCCUGGCAUUUCAGAAAGGGGUUACCAGUGACAGUGUCUCCAACUCGUCAGCCAGAAAUCAGGAGCCUCCUGUUAUGAAUCCAAUGUURGCUGUCAACAUGUUUCAAAAGCAGCCAUCAAAACCUCCUGCUCCUGUUUUAGGUCUCGGGGCCAGUGCCAAGAAGGCUUUAUCUAAACGUCCUCAGUCCCCUGCCCUGGCAUCACCAAGAGUGCCAGUGACCCCGUCUUCCACAGCCAAGUCAUCAACAGUCAGGUCCAAAUUACAGGGGUCUCCAGCAACAGGUGUGCAGUCUCCUUUCAAACCAUUAGCUGGCACCUCAAAGAAACUGGACUCUCCUGCAUGCAACUCACCAGCUUCUGCUCCUUCACAGCCUGGAAGCAAAAGUUCUUCACGUGCAGGAGCAAGAGCAGCUCUUGUUCCCUCUGAAACCUUGUGCAAACGUAUUCAGUCCCCUGAUGCUACCAAGGUGAAAUUUGCCCUGCCUCGGGGCUCCCCAGCACCAGCACCCCAUCCUGCCCUCUCACCCUCUAAAAAACAACGGCCUCACCUGUCUGGGAAAGCUGGAACAACGACUUCAAAACAGAAGUGUGUGCCUGCGAACWGCAGACCUGUACCUGCCACUAAAACCAAAGUGAAUUCAACCACUCCCAGGGCUGCUCGGCUGCCGGCUACAAAUCUGCGUUCUGUUGCCAAGUUUGCACAUUCUCAGCAACACCUUGCAAAACCUCCUGAMAAUGAUAUUCAGAUCUCGGGGGCUGGGUCUCAGCAUCCUCAGAAAACCCCACAAACAACUUCUGAUCUAGCAAGGAGCUUGAAAACUGCUUCAGUCCUAAAACUUUCUGCUUCUGCACCUUCCGUUGCAGUUAACAAAGCAUCAAAAUCACCAUCUUCACUGUUACCUUUAGGCACAAAUGUGUCACUAGCUGGCAGUCAGCAGCCAAAUGCCAGCAAUCCCYCUCAGGUUGGACCCUCUUUAUCCAGACCUGCUGAACGCACACCUUUGUCUGUUGUACGGCUGCCUCAAACUUCAGCCAAAGCAGCAGUGACCAAAAAGCCAACGCAGCCUUCCACAAAGGGUCAGCAUUCAACCAAAAACUUGCAAACAAACAAAARCUUGGCCCCAGCAGCCAAGAAGCCACUCCCAAAGGAGCAAGCAUGUMACAAAGGAACACCUGGCGUGUCCAAAGUUCCUCUUCUGAAGAGCAGGCAAGAUGAUCACUACUUUGUUAUGACAGGGAGUAAAAAGCCCAGAAAGUAAACUUACUUGUUACUUUCUGUGGACAUCUCAAUUUUUUUCAAAGGGACCUCCUGUAACUGCUACACUGAGGACAAGGAAAAAAGUUAAAUAACACUACAUUUAAUAUGAAAUAUUAGGUAUAACCUGYCUUUUGCUGCCUAACUUACUGUAAGAGCUAUGUUUAUUUUGUGGUUUAGAAACUUCUAUUUGGACAUGUUUAGGAAAAGCUUGCUUGUUGUGUAGCACUGUGGAAUAACAAAUAUCCUUGACCUGCUGCAGAAAAGUGUGAGAGAGGAAAAGGAAGCUAAGGCUGCUGCUUUUGCUGCCACUCACUUUCAAGGGAGUGAAGCCUGCUGGAGAAAUGUCUACCCAGGGCAGAGCCUGGGUGACUGGUGGUUCUGGCACAUCUGCACUGAGGUGUGUGGCAAGCAGCAGAGCUGUGCACAAGCUGUAAAAUUUCAAAUACCUCAAACAAAACUCUGGAUUUUUUUUAGUACACUGGUACAGACCCCAAAUUGGGGUUGCAUGCUUUAGAAAGGGAGAGAAAUCUCUAGUCCUGUUUAGAUUUGACGCAUGAUGUUAUCAGUGCCCAUUGUGCCCCUCCUAUGUGCCUUAAAGUGGAUUCAGCUCAUUUGGGAAUGGAGCUUUGUUUGUUUUAAAUUGGACCGAUAACCAUGGCCUUGAUUGCUCACUUUCACUGUGCCUUAGCCUCUCAAAUUCAGAAUUCUUCCAUGAGCAGCAAUACCUUUAAAACCCAGGGCAGAUAACCUUGCUUGGUCCAUGUUCAAAUCCAACCAUARGUGACCUUGGGCUUUCCUAGAAAGCUUUUCUUGUGUGGACAGAUGCUUCUGAGUUCCAGGAAGGACACUUUCCCCUGGGCUGGAGCCCCACACCAGCUCCUGCUCCAGGAUAGGAGCCCCAAAGCAGCUCCUGCAUCAGCAACACUGAGCUGCGAGCACUGACCUGCUCUGGCAGAGCUUUCCUGCUCUCCAGGAGUGGCCUUUGCAUGUAAGACUGAAUUGCURAAUACUUUUCUUAGUGUUACAGGUUAAUUUUUGUGGGCACUCUUAGUCUGGUAGCCUUUCUUGUUUAUGGAGACCUCUUUCCUGGCUCUCCUCUGUCACUCUCUGGAGGUGAGUAGUAGUUUUCUGAAGAGGAGAAUAGGGCAUUCGCCUUUAAACAUCCUCAAGGGCCAGAAAGCUCUGCACUGUUUACCCUCAGCUSCUGAAGUUUUUCAGUGGGUUAAACAUCUGAGGUGCUCAACACCUUUAUCCUUAACAGAAGUGAGCUUCAUGGUAGAUUGAAAACCUCCGUCUCUAGGAUAAGUGCUCUUUGGGGUAUUUUGGGUUUAAUGAACAGCUGUCCCUACAGAUACUGAGGAGYUCUGAAGGUUUGUGAAGAGACACUCAUGAUUUCUACCUACCAACAYUUCUACCCUCCAUUUCCAGUCAAUUUAUGGGCAGGGGCAGGUGUGGCUGCCAUAGGAGUUCCUGGAUGGUCAGACAGGGAAGAAUCUUGGAAAGGAGAAGAGUUCCAUGGAAACUGUAGUUUAUUUUCUUAUGGGGUUUUAUUUUUGUGGUUUUUUUCCCCUGGAACUAGAGUAAGCAAGCAUUGUAAACUGAGUUUUCAUGCACUGUGACAAAGUCACAGAGCUGCUUUUCUGAGCACCUUGUUAGCUUAUUUUAUUUUAUUUAUGAUUCUAUUUAUGCAUAUCUGCUGUACAAUACUACUCACAACCUGCUGGGAGAAAGCAGUAAAUGCCAGUAUCCAAACUGUGGGAGAAAAACAGAUCAGUUUUGAUAACAUGGACACGAGUCCCACAAGAUCCCAUACAAAGUUGUAUGUUUGGGGUUGCUUGUUUUAUACGUACAUUGGUCAAAGCCACUGCUACAAUGUUAGGCAGAGUACUGACUGUAGUGGAUUGCUGUCAGGUUUGAUAUAUCUGGUACAUGGUUUCAUAUGCUGAAAGCAUUUUACAAUAGAUGACUUGCUUGUGAUUUUUGGGCUUCCAAAUUGUGAGUUACAUGUGAUAUAUCAUGCAGAUUAAUAGCUGACUGCUUGGGGUUUAUUUCUGUGCUGGGUCUGGAAGAGAUGGAGUUAACUUUCUUCAUUACAUUCUAUAUGGUUCCAUGACUUAGACUUGUUAAAAUCUAAACUAAUGUUGAUAACACCAAUCUCCUGGCUGUKGCUGAAGAAUCUUUCCAGGGUCAAGUCUCUUUUUCCUGCUUUGCCCCCACUGUGAGUAGGCAAGAGAUUGGGAGUGACAUGGCUGGGAACUGGUCAACCUCACCUGGCCAAAGGGUUAUUCCAUAUUGUAAAGAAGGAAGAGGUGGAGAAAGAAGGGGGUGCAGGUUGUGUGGCUUCCAAGGUGGCUGUUUGCCAUUUGGCUGGGCAUCAGUCUGUCUGUGGGAGGUAGUGAGGGAUUGCCUUUGCAUCACUUGGUGGUUUACUCUUCAUAUCUUUCCUUCAUUCAUUAAACUCUUUAUCUCAGCCAGUGAGAUUUGCUUUUGCUKCUCCUCUCUCCUUAUCUUGCUGGGAUAGAGGAGAGAUAAGGGGAGUGAGCAACUGCGUGGGCACUUGGCUGCUGAGUGGGAUCAGCCCACAGCACCUUUUAAACUAUUUACAAUGUUUUUAGCAGCAAUUUAAACACUGAAUCUCUUGGAUCUCAGUGUAAGAUUUCAACAUCUACCUUUUUGAACUACAGAGAAAAUGAAGCAAAUGGCUUCAUCUUUGUAAUCUGUUAUGUCAUGUAAUAGACUGAAUUUUAUAGUUCAAAAAGAAAUAAAAAUGCAUAAGCUGUUACAGUUGAAACCUUAAUCAGCUAAUCUGAAAAUCUCACCKGUUACAUACAGGCAGACUUGGUUUGGUUUUAUUAUAAAAACAGUGUAUUUGAGUGUGAUCCAACUUCUCUGAACUGGUAGUCGCCAGCUGCAUAGCCACAUUCUAAUAAGUGUCAUGUAACAUGAGGUGAGCCAGGAAUAAGGUGUAACAAAGUACCUCCUAAURGAAAUACAUACUAUUUUUGCAAUGUUUAUGUUGCCAAAUAGCAAGUCUAAUCUUCAGUUUAUUACUUCUUGGGAGGAAUAGAUAAUUGGGAGUAAGAAUCUGACAGUUCUCCGUGUGCUAUUAAUGUCCUCUGUAUGAGUACUUAUGUAAAAUAAACAUACACUGCACCUUUUUUUGUGAACAA